AUGGAGCCGCAAAGCAGUAGCCAGGCUGGAAAGUCGACAUCCAGAGGCGCCGACGACAGCGCGUCUGCGAACUUAUUCUCGUGCCACCAAUGUCGAUCACGAAAGCUGAAAUGCGAUCGGGUCCGGCCCCGUUGCGGCCGAUGCAUCAGGCUUGGAGACACUUGUGAAUAUCCUCAGUCCAGACGGGCAAAUGUGGGCAGACGCAAAAGGGUUCAUGAGUUGGAAACAAAGCUAGAUCAACUUGAGCAGCUCGCAAGAGCUGUGGAAAAGGCACCCUUAGCUGAAGAGAGCCACGAGCAGCAGGCGUUCCAACAGGAACAACCAUUCCAAUCAGUACCUGAUGAGUUCAUGUUUGGCACUGAGCCAUACACAUCUCAGUCAUCGAGUGAAACCCCGGGCCAACAUGCGUCUCAACCAGACGAUUCCUUCACGGAUUUGGUGUCAGUUGGGCUAUUUGAGCAACAACCAUCGCCAGAACUGAUCAUGUUUUUAACAAAUGUUUACUUCGACAAGUGGUAUUUCGCAGCACCAAUGUUUCAACGAGCUCGUUACUCAAUGUCGUUGCAUUUGCCGCCUCACAUGCGCCCACCCAUGUGCCUCCAAUACAUCGUCAUGGCUCUCGGAGCCGACAUCACCAAAACACAUCGUAAGCUAGCGAUUCCAUUUUACCAACGAGCCAGGGCCUACAUGCAAGCCGAUGAAAUGAGAGGAGACGGACAGCACUUCACAUCGGUGACCCAUGCACAAGCGUGGAGCUUGAUCGCGAAUUUUGAAGCUCAGCAUCUCUUCUUUGCACAGUCUUCAAUGAGCCUUUGCAGAGCAAUCAGAAUUGCCCAAAUGCUUGGCUUGCAUCGUGUGGAUGGGCCAAGUGUCGAUGCGAUACCCUUGCUCUCGGCGCCACGAGACUGGGUAGAAGCAGAAGAGCGACGGAGGACAUGGUGGGUAAUAUACUGCUCUGAUAGGCUGGUAUGUGGCAGCACAGGCUGGCCGGCGAUGAUCAAUGAGCAUGAUAUCCACACUCGCCUUCCUGCUUCCGACAAAGCCUUUGAAGCAGGCCUAGAAGAACCCACGAGCCCUCUUACAAGCAUUCUGAACCAAGAAGGACAAACCUUUUCUUCGUUUGCAGGAAGAGUCCUGGCUUCUUCAUUGUUCUAUCAAGCAUUCCAACAGUCCUCCCAGAACAUUCCAGUUGAAGAGGCACAGAACUUCAAAACGAGUUUGCACUGGAAGCGCCAUCGCGAAAUCGAUAACGACCUUGCUUCUCUCCUCAAUUGUCUUCCAGAUGAUCUCAAACUACCCAACAGUAUACGUUGUCAGAACGCGACCUUCGUCAAUAUCAUCAUUCACACUUCCAUUAUCCUUCUUCACAGAGCAGCGCUGUCAACAAUCGAACGGACUGGGACACCUCACCACAUGAUUCGACAAUGCCGAGCCAGGCUUGUUGCUGCGGCCGAAGAGAUUCUGAAUAUUUUGAGAAUGAUGCCAGAUGUCAACGACAUGCUAAAGAACCCAAUGUUGACCUUUUCCAUGUACAUGGCGUCAUUGGUAUUUCUCGAUCAACCCACGUCGACAGAGCCAGACUACCAGCGGCAGGAGAAUCUUGACUUCACACUUCGACUCAUGAUUCUAGCCGCUAAGACGUGGGGCAAUCCAGUGACAAGAUCCAUGGCCAUUCAGUUAGCCGUAGACAUGAGGCAAAAAGGCCUAGAUUCCGCAGCAGUGGAAAAGGCUACUGAGCUGCCCCUGGAGAGAAGCACGGUACCGAUCCUUGCUAAAGGCGACAAUGACUCGUCCAACUUUUUGUUCCAACUCAACAACUUUGAGAACUCCCCGGAACCUACUGCGGACGCUUGA